UCCGACGAAGAAUUCUCAGAAGCUUUAGAGCUGAAGGGAUUCAAAUAAGAAAUACCCAACUCAGCUACUGAACUGCAAUGGCGGUUUCGUCUUCAUCUUAUUCUUCUUCGAUGAUCACGUUCUUGUUUUUCAGUUUUUCUGUUAUCGUUUUGGUUGGGUUAGUGACUGCUUCCAAGUUCGAUGAGCUCUUCCAGCCGAGCUGGGCACUCGACCAUUUCGUUUACCAAGGAGAACAGCUUCAGCUUAAGCUUGAUAAUUAUUCUGGUGCUGGAUUUGCUUCGAAGAGCAAGUAUAUGUUUGGGAAAACAACAAUACAGAUCAAACUCGUUGAAGGAGACUCUGCAGGAACUGUAACUGCAUUUUACAUGUCAUCAGAUGGUCCAAAUCACAACGAAUUCGACUUUGAGUUUCUGGGGAACACAACCGGCGAGCCUUAUCUAGUUCAGACGAACAUAUACGUGAACGGAGUGGGUAACAGAGAGCAGCGUUUGAACCUCUGGUUCGAUCCCACCAAAGAUUUCCACUCUUACUCACUCCUCUGGAACCAACGCCAAGUGGUGUUCUUGGUGGACGAGACACCGAUACGUGCGUUCACAAACAAAGAGAAACAAGGAAUAGCGUUCCCAAAAGACCAAGCCAUGGGUGUCUACAGUUCCAUAUGGAACGCCGACGAUUGGGCUACACAGGGAGGAAGGGUUAAAACUGACUGGACCCAUGCCCCCUUCGUGGCUUCCUACCAGGGCUUCGACAUCAACGCCUGCGAGUGCCCCGUCGCUGUAGCUGCCGACGAGAAUGCGAAGAGGUGUAGUGCGAGUGAUAAGGGUUACUGGUGGGAUCAUCCUGUGAUGUCAGAACUGAGUCUUCAUCAAAGCCAUCAAUUGAUGUGGGUCAGGGCUAAUCAUCUUGUCUACGAUUAUUGCACGGAUUCUGAAAGGUUCCCUGUUACUCCUCUGGAGUGUGAACAUCGCUGAUCUCGCUAGUUAAUAGAUAAUAGGAGGAGCUUCUAAGUUCUCGUCACACUCUGUAAAUAAGAUAAAAACAUGAGCUCCAUGUUCCUUCUUUGUUUAGUUCAUUCCUCAUUACUGUUCUUUCCUCUUGUGUCUCAGCUCUCAUCCUCUCAUGUGUAAUAAGAAACCACUGAUUAGUUUUCUAUAUAAACCCUUUUAAGCUUAUCUUUACCUUCUA